AUGAUUUCACCUACAACAACAGCAAGAACAUCUCCAGCACCGCAAAGUUCGCGUGCACCAUCUCGUGCCAACUCAAGAACAGCUUCACGAGCUGGAUCAAGAACUUCUUCAUCAAUGACUCCAUCAAGACCAUCAUCACGAGCCAGUACGCUUGGGCCCAAUCGAAUGACGACAGCAGAAUUACUUGCAAGGCCAGGUUCACCAAAUGACGAUGUUAAACAAUUAAAAGAAUUAGCACAACGUAAAAAUCUGAUAUAUAUCGGAAUUCCGGCGAUCGUGGGUGUCCCCUCGACGCGAUUAAAAGAGACAACACGCGGCGUAUUUCAUAUUUAUAAUCCAACUUCAAAUUCAAUCUCAUGGAGCCUGACACCCAAAUCCCCAACCUAUUAUAAACGAGUGGAGUCGAAAUCGAAUACGUUAGGACAAAAAAUUAAUGAUAACGUGUUCACAGUGAUGAAGCAACAUGGAUUUCUAAAAUCUGGUCAAUCGGAACGAGUUUAUAUAAAUUUCACUCCAUCGGCCGUUGGAAUUUACACUCAGAGUUUUGCAUUGGGUGAAUCAGAAACAACCGAUAUUGGGGAAGGUGAAACGGUGGAAUUACAAAUCGAAGGAAAUGGAUGGCCAGCUGCAAGCCAACGUAAAGACUCGGCAAAAAAAGAAGUCAAGUUUGAAGUAUCCGAAAAAGAAAUACGCAUCCCAAUGACAAGGAUCGGAAAGCAACGAACCUUAGGAAUUAAAAUUGAGAAUCCAACAAAAGAAACAAUACGAAUUAAAUGUAAAUGUGAGGUCAUGGGAGCAACCUUACUUGGCCCGCCUGUUCUAUCAAUCCCGCUGUCGAGUUUAAUCAUUAAACCAGGUGCAACAAUCACGCUGCCAAUCUGUUUUCAUCCACGGAAAAGAGGAGUUAUCAAGGGAUUAGUCACGCUGAGUUCGCCCUUGAGUAAAACCGAAGUAAAAGUUGAUGUAAUAGCGCAGGCUGUUAGUGCGAAUUAUCGAGAUGGUGCUGGAAUUGGGUCAAUUGGUUCUGGUAAUGAAUUAACGAGACCAAUGUCAUCGAUGAGCGGAUAUUCAGUCGUACCAAGUGAAGGUGGCGGUGGUAGCGUUGAUAGUGAAGAAAGUGGUCUUAGGGGUGAAGCUAUUGUUGAUGCAAUGAUGAAAACGAUACAAGAAUCAUUGGAGGAAGUCGAGAACGGUAACAAUAAUAAUAUCUCAGAACAAUCAGAAUCAAGUAGCUUAGUUGGUGAUGAUGUUGAAAAAAUAGAGGAUGAAGAGAAAUCGGGAGAAAGUAAUAAUGAUCCAAACUCUGAAUUGGCAGAGAAUACAGCGAUUGACGCUACAACAACUUCAGGCGCGUCAACUACUAAUGUCCCAGAAGAUGUUGUUGAGUACAAUGCCGACGACAUUUCAUCAAAUGGUUCAUCUGAUACUACUAGAGUGGAAGAAUCUAUGAAUUCACCAUAG